AAUCCAUUCAGAAAAUAUGACCAGUCUUAAAGUUGUUCUACUCUUGGCUUUGAUCGGCUUGGCUUAUGCCACACCAGGAGGCUUCUUUGGCAAACAUGAACAUCACACCAUUCACGUGCCAUACAAAGUUCACACCAUUCAUCAUCAUCAUGUGAAGAAGGUGCCCGUCAUUAAGGAAGUCGUAAAAGAGGUGCCCGUUGAAAAGUUGGUCAUCAAGGAAGUCGUCAAAGAGGUCCCUGUUGAAAAGAUUGUCCAUGUGCCCGUUGAAAAGAUCGUCCAUGUUCCCGUGCAUGUACCCGUUCAUGUCCAUCACGAAGAUCAUCAUGGUGGCUAUCAUGGCGGUCACAGCAGUGAUGAAUAUAUUGUUAGCAGUGAUUCUCACAAAGGCUGGUCCUCAUCUGGAUG